UCCCUCAGCCUUUUAUUCGCCUGGCUGGCGAUCCCGCUGUUGGAAAAGAAUGUCAUCUUCGGACAACGAAAACGCCAGAAAAAGAGGCAAGAAGGACAGCAUAGCCUGGACGGUUUUGCAUAAGGCGGACGGAUUUAAAUACAAAGUUCAGACAUUGGCAAGCAAAGCGGAUCAGGGGACGAGAAAAACCAACAAUAACUCACAGCUCAUUCGAUCAACUUACCUAUCUCCCCGUUCCACGCUCUGUUUAUGGGUGUAUUACUCGACACACAGGGGCCUCGAGGGAGAGCGAGGACAAACAUCGCACCACAUCUUUUCACCCCUUUCAGAUUUUUUUUUCCACCACCAAGAUUUCACAAACGAACAAGCGUAGAAGAACACGAAUAGCAUGACCUUCCGGAUAUACACGCUUCCAAACUCCAAGAGAAGACACGGAAAGGAAAAGGAAACAAGACAAAACAAAUGGCACCAAUCGCGCUCUCCCCAAGGACGAGUCUCCCCACCUCUCAUGACAGCUUCAACCUCCACCCCAUCACCAAACGAGAAAAAUUCCCAAAAGCCAACAUAAUAACCCUAGCUGUCCUUCUCACCUUCCUCCUCUCCAUUUCCUUCUGCUUCGCCGUCUUUGUACCACGCUGGACACGCAAGAAGAAGCUUAAAGAGCACCAGCAGGCGGUACGGGAAAUGUUGCAAGCUGAGGAGCGUGCUACUGGGCGCAGGGCACGAGGCUCUAGUAAUGUUGGGGCUACUGCUGGAAGAGGUUUUGGGGCUGGCCAGAGACAUGGCCAGGGCCACGGACAGGGACAAGGAGUAACAGAAGGGGGAACAGGAGGAGGAGGAGGAGGAGGGGGCGAAGCGAUUCCCAUGGACGACGUGGCGGUGCCGGAUGGGAAUGGCGGUUGGGUUGAGCCGCCACCGCCGUAUGUGGUUGAUCCUAAGCCUGCUUAUCACCCAUAAUCAUGGGACGGAUGUGUGGGAGGUAUAGUCACUGCGGUGCUUGGUCAACGGGCUAAGACCAAGGAUGAAGCGUUUAGUAUGGGUUGCCGGAUUGUUCGUGGGAAUGGCAUGGGCUUCUAGUGCGAUGACUGACACGGGAAAUGAGGAAGAAAUUAACGAUCAGCUUCAUGUAAUAUACCUUGUUCUGCAUUGUCAUGUUGUAUCAAUGUUCCAAUCCCACACGCAUCAUCUCGGGUUUGCAUUCAUCCAAGGCUUAAACCGC